AUGCGCAGAGCCUCAACCCUGCUGUUCCUCGUCCACACCUUCAAUCUCCUCGUGUGCUCCGUGUCCUGCAAGCCCGUGGCCGAGGCCAAUGCCGCCGCCGCCGCCGCCGUCGACGAGGAGGAGACGGGGGCGGCUGCCCGUCCGUCCGGAGAGACGCGGCGUGACGAGCGGCUGGCGUCCAUCGUGGAGAGCAUGAAGGAGGAGUUCCUGAGGAGCCUCAAUCUUUCCGGUAUUCCUCUCCACGAGCCCUCCUCGUCCGAACCGCCGCCGCAGUUCAUGGUCGACCUGUACAACAGAUUCGCCAAUGACAGAUCGUCCAUGCCGUCGUCGAACAUCGUGCGCAGCUUCAAGAACGAAGAUUCGUCCUCGUUCCGAACGGAGGAAGACGCCGUGAGGCAGCACGCCCUGCUCUUUAACGUGUCGCUCCCGCCGCACGAGCUCGUCACCAUGGCCGAGUUGAAGCUGCGCUCCGUGCUGGACAGCGACCAUCGCCUCCUGCCCGAGCACGCGAAGCCCUUGCAGAGGAGCGUGUCCGUGUACGAGGUGUGCGACGAGGAGGAGGAGGAAGGCAGCCCGGUGUCGGGUCGCACGGUACUCUCCUUCCUCGCGUCUCGCACGGUCGUGGGUCGCGGCGGCGGUGGCGAUGAAGACGCCGCAGCUGGCGGCGGCGCCUGGGAGACUUUCGACAUCACGAGCACCGUGCAGCGCUGGGCCCGCACGGGGAAGAGCACGCACAGGCUGGAGGUGCACAUCGAGACGCUGGAGGAGGCGAGGUACCGGAGAAGCUCCGACGGCCAAGGCGACGGCGUCGGGGCGACGGCGGCCUCCGAGCCUCAGCCGGGUGAGCCGCUGCUCGUCGUCUUCUCCGACGACCGGAGUCGCGGCAGGGCUACGCAGAGGCAGGCGGAGCUGGACGAGAUGAUCGAUCACGAGCGAGAGGAGCCGCUCCUCCUGCAGGAGGUGCUCGGCGCGGGCGAGGCGGCGGCCCACGGGCUCGGCGACGUGGUGGAGGAGGUGCUGAACGUGCGCCAGAACAUCCUGAGCUACGAGACGCUGUCGAGGUACCGGCGGCACGCGAAGAGAAACUAUUGCAAGCGCACGCCGCUCUUCGUGAGCUUCAAGGAGAUCGGAUGGGACUCUUGGAUUAUCGCGCCGCCGGGCUACGACGCGUACGAGUGCACCGGCCAGUGCAUCUUCCCGCUGACCGACCACCUCAGCCCCACCAAACACGCCAUCGUGAAGACGCUCAUGCACCUGGCGCACCCGGACAAGGUGGCCAAGGCGUGCUGCGUGCCCACGAAGCUUGACUCCAUCUCCAUCCUGUACAGGGACGAGGCGGGCGUCGUGACGUACAAGUAUAAGUACGAGGGCAUGGUGGUGUCGGAAUGCGGCUGCAGAUAGUGCUAAGCCGCCACGUGCACUGUUUACCUGAUGGUCGAAGUGAGAGCGCGCGUUUUGUCUGCGACUAUCUCGCCCGCUGGCCAUCUGUAAGGUGUCUGUAAGCGUGCGCCAAGGCGUUGUGAAAUAAGUGGGCUGUCUCGUGCCUGGGUCAUCUGCUUGGCGUCAGUGCCUCUGGCAGAGACAAUCUGCGGGCACAUUUGGAGAUAGCGGUGCCCGCGCGUUAUUUGCAGAGCGUCCCCCAUUUACUAAAGGGGCUUCUGCUGAUUGUUCCGCACGGAGGACCUUUUUGCGUAUGCUGUUGUUGUUGUUGCUGUUUAAAUUGUGUGCAUCCGAAGCGGACCGAUGUUACGCGAGCAGAUGUGCGAGGCACGGAAUGGGGCCGCGUGGUUGACAGCACCUUGGGGAUAGCCACGCGCAGCGCUAAGAGCAGAGCCACCACCCGGUUUAGUUUCCGUAGAAAAUUUGAGCUUCAGCCUAACAAUGGUCCGGCCCAGAUCGCCGUGCCGCGAAAUCACAUUCGGGGCUUGAGUGCGCGUGCAAUUCAAAGUGAGCGCAUCCAAAUGUGAAUCGGGCAAGAAGAAAACGGUGGCGUGCGUACGCCGUGGGCUUUUGUCGCUCGCUCCAACGCGCGUUGGUCCUCGGAAAUGUUUAAUUAGCAAUAAUAGCGGCAUCGCUCGCGGCAGCCGUAGGCACCGAAGAGAUCACGGGGCUCAGAUCUGCGUGGAAAAGCGCGAACCAGAACUCCGUGAUCGACGCGACCUUGAUUUCAAAAGGGUGAGCCCCGCAUAACAACGCCACUUUAUACCGAAGUUGAAUUCCCAAUUGAAUUGUCAUUACGAGAGCGAACGUGCCCUCCCUCCGCCCGUUGCGCACGGACGGAGAACCAAACGGCAGACUCGAAAUUGAACCUUCAGGUUUGAAAGCGUUAAUUAAAGGUCCGAGCAGAAGUUUCCAGCUGCGGAAUGAAGCUCAUGUCUUCGUCUUAGGGAUCUCGUAGCUGCAUGAUUUGGUAAUCGGCUCUUGGCCUUGUUGGCAGUGAAGGCGUAAAAUUGCAAUUGUCCCUGUAACCGAACGUAGUUUAGAGUCAGAUAUGAACUGACGAACAUUCAUCUCUCGUUGACUCGUCACUAUAGUCUGUGUAGAAUGCGUAAAAGUCGAGCACGCUUCAUAUCGAAUGGUUUCGAAACUUCUAGACAUGUCAGCGCGUCGAACAGGUCACAUUUAAAUUUCGAUUUAAAGCUUUCGUGACUGCAAGGAUUCAUCUUCUUUGGUUCUUUCGGUAAAGUCACGUACUCUCAUUCUACGUGACUUUACCGAAAGAACCAAAGAAGAGGUCACAUUUAACCAUACGCUGCCUGGAUAAUCGGCGUUCGCUUUGGAACAGUGGCGCAAUGGCUAGCCCAGUGGCUCUACGAAACUGACGAUCUAGAUUUGAAGUUUUCGUGACUGCAGGGAUCCAUACUCUUCGGUUCUUUCAGUAAAGUCACGUAGUAGGUAUAAAAUAAACUGACAAUGGCUAGCGCAAGUGGCGCUAUGAAACUGGCAACCCAAGUUCGAUUCCCGGGCACGGCUAACAUCAGCGUUGAGUGACAUCUGGGUCCUUGGUUUGGAUCUCACUACUCCCGACCUUCAUGAACAUGCCAACGCGGUGGGCGUGCUUGGGUAGGACACGUGGCUAGGGUCAGGGGACGAUGAUCGACGGACGAGAACCCGGGGACAGUAAGGCAGCGAGAAGAACCACGCACGAGAGGACGGCCGUCGGAGCAGCGACGGAGCGAUGAGGUGCACCUUGCGCGAUCGGGAGCGAGACGGAUCGUGGCAUCAUAGCACGUCGAGGCAUGUCGACGACACUGCCGGAUGAAGGAAGCCUCCAUCGUGGAUGAAGCAGGCCUUCAUCCAGCUGUGGAUAGAUCAUUGCCGAUGACGACGAUGAUGAUGAUAGUGGCGAUGUUUGGCAAUGGAGGUAUUUGCAUGCCCGUAUAGGCAACAUGGAACAAGAGUUACGUGCGCUUCAAUGCGAAGAUUAAUUUAUUGGUACGAUACUGACACACAGUUAUAGAUGUAUAUGAUUUGUUACGUCCAAGAUGUAUGAUCACGUAUUUAAGCUAUUGUAAAAAUCAUAAACUGCGUUACAAAACACCUUUAUGCGGACGCAAAUGAUUUAUUAAGGACACGGUUAUCUAACCCUAUAGGCUGAUAAGACGAGCACACUAACAUCAGCGGUGAGUGAUAUCGGAACAAGUAGUGGUCCCCCAACCCCGCUCCUUCACCAACCCACAUUGACCAGCGAGGUGAAGUAUGGUCAAACAACCGCCCCAUGACCACCGACACACGGCAUCGUGUGGUGACCUUCAUCGAGCAGUGGAUUGACAAAAAAAAGGCUGUAAAUUAUUUUGAUUCAUUUGUAUAAUUGUUUUUUAUUUUAUCGGCUAAAAAAAAUGUGCUAUCUAUAAAUUAUGAAUGUACAUGUCAGUACGCUUUCAAACACCGCGUGUAUUCUGUAUAUAUAUAGGCCUAAUCUUUUCAACCCGUGCAAAAUAUUAUUUAUAUAUAUUAAACUUUAAAGUUCAUCGAUCACACAAUACUCCAGCCACCAAAAGUCACCGCUGGAUGAUAACGUAACAACGGCUUCUAUACCGUGACAACUUCACCAGUCGCCUUAUAAGUGUGCAUACUAUAUAUGUGACCCGCGUAUGUUUUUCUGUAUCUCAGGACAAUGUAAAUGUGUACAGUAGAUUGAUAAUUUAAGUUUAAGAUGAAACUAACGCGUACCUUAUUUAAAACUCGCGCGCGAGUGUGUGUGUAAGAUUGUUUCCAUGAUAUUAUUAUUGUCAUCAUUAUUAUUAUUUGAAGCGCUUGACGGUAUUACGAAGUUGCUUUGGCCUACGCGUGUGACGUAUUGUACAAUUUAAAACAUGCAAAACAAGCCAAGAGUAUAUAUAUAUUCACGUGCUUGUCAUAACUUUCGCUACUAUGAAAACCGUGACUCCUAUUUAUUUCAAUAUCUGUCGCUACUUCCCCCCCUCGUUACCCGCUCCCCCAUAGAGCCUUUGCCGAUGGCGUUCUUGCGAGCUGUAAAAAUUCAUAUUGGAACAAUAAAACCAGACCAAUGCAAAAAUAAAA